AUGUAUACCUCUGCGGUAGAUCGUUACGAUGCGACAACAGGGCCAUUCGAGAGCGACCUCAGCGACAGACGCGGCAAAACCUCUGGCGAUCUCGAACGCAGAACUUCGACAAAAAUCUGCUUCAAAAUCACGAGUCCAACUUCAUCUUCACAUGGAAAUUCGGUAUCAAUAGUUCCAAGUUCACAAAGUACACAAAGCUGGCGGGCGUACCCCUCAGAGCCCGCACAAGGGCAAACGCAACUUGUUUCCCCCACUUCCAAAAGUAGGAUGUAUAGUGCUCACUUCGUUGACAAUGAGAGAAAAUCGCUUUCCCCUGUGGCUAAAGACAUCAAGAAUACCUCGAACUCGGAAGCUCCUGACAUAGGGGGUAUCCUUUUGGGAUAUUGGCGAGACUCUAGUAUCCUGGAUGAUGCUGGGAAGCAAGCGGUCAUCGGCAUUAUAGACGCUGCGGAUAGAUUGAGAAUGCGAAUAAUAGCCAAGACGAGGAAAGGAGAGCCAUUAGCUGACGGGUACAGGGUGCCUGCUGGAAGUGGUGCAUCCUGGGUGAAGUUUGACCGUAUUGUCUUCGCGGACCAUCUAGUUGGCUUAAAUUACGCUCAAAUCAAGGAAUAUACGCGCAUACGAUCUCAGACGGUUCCAGAGAAGACGCAAGAAGAACGCAUUGCUGCGGAGGUAGUUGCAGUUAACGAGGCUGUGCGCCGGGUAGAGGCAAGCAGCUUCCUGAAUGAUCCCUCCGAGCCAGUACCAACAGCAUACGGGACCGACUCACCGGAUCUACCUAUUGAACUUACACGGCCUGGACCAUCUCUUAAACGGCCACGGCCGUCCAAUGGGUUUGCCGCGACUUAUCCAGCAACCACUCAAUGGGUCUCUGAGCUGACUUCCUCCGUACGACGUCCGGUGGGCGGACAACCGAAUGGGCUUCAGAUUUAUUCCCUAGCAGGCACCCGCCCGACGGGCGUCCUUAUAGGAUCUUGGUACCGAUCUGGUGAAGCUGUCGCCGAGGAUCGCCAUGCAGUGUAUGGUGUUGUUGGACCAUCCGAUAUAUUCAGCAUUAGGGUAGUACCCGAGACAAGAGAUGGGCGGUUUGUGGGGGGUAACUUUCCAACGCAACCAAAUGCGUCAUGGAUUCCAUUUCAAGAGGUUGAGCUGGAGCCUCACCUUAAGCCACUUACCCAACAGGAAGUUAAGGAGUAUUGUGAAAUACGGCAAUAUCAACUUAGUCGCGGCGAGUCUGCCUCGGAGAGAAUUGCUAACGAAACAAGGGCUAUAUACGAAGUGUAUGCAAUGAAAUACAGAAAACCCCAUGGCACCUCAACAGCUCCACAGCCUGCCGCCCUCGAAGCCGGAGCAGGUGCGUCUGAAACCAAUGCCAACAUCAAGCCGGCGAAGAUGCUCGUCGAUCGAAACAGGACGGAUCGCGGUGUUUCUACGUACGAAAAUCGAGCGGUAUGCUCCUUCAGUAAGCCUGAAGUCGUCCGUCGACCGACGACCGGCCCGACGGAUGUAAAGACGUACGACAGGACUAAAUAUGAGCGCAAAGCCUCUGGUCCCUUUGCGGGGAAGCUCGUCUCACAGGGCACCAUUAUCAAUAUUGACGGAGAGGAUUAUGUAGAAUAUCGUGUCCUUACUAGGCCCCUGUUUGUCUAA